CACAAAACUCCGAAAGAAAAAAAAAAUGUCUUCAACUUCAAUACUUUUAAUCAAAACAACCUUCGUUGUAAUCAUCUUUGUCUCGUUCACAAUUUCUCCAGCAACUUCAACGGUGACUGAAGAAUGCGCAAGCGAGUCAGCGAACCCGUGCGUCAACAGAUCUAAAGCUUUGCCUCUCAAAAUCAUAGCUAUCGCCACAAUCCUAGUCGCUAGCAUGAUUGGUGUGGGCGCUCCUCUCUUUAGCCGUUCGGUACCGUUCCUCCGACCCGACGGUGACAUUUUCACAGUUGUUAAGUGCUUCGCCUCCGGGAUCAUCCUCGGAACCGGUUUUAUGCACGUGUUGCCUGAUUCUUUCGACAUGUUGUCAUCACAAUGUCUUGAAGAGAACCCGUGGCACAAGUUUCCCUUCACGGGGUUUCUCGCUAUGCUGUCUGGUCUAAUCACUCUAGCCAUCGAUUCCAUGGCUACGAGCCUCUAUGCUAGCAAGAAAGCCGUUGGAAUCAUACCCCAUGGUCAUGGUCACGGCCCGGCAAAUAAUGUUACCUUACCAACAAAAGAUGAUGAUUCCACGAAUGCACAACUCUUGCGAUACCGAGUCAUUGCUAUGGUCUUGGAGCUUGGAAUCAUAGUUCACUCUGUGGUCAUUGGACUGUCUCUAGGAGCAACUAAUGAUACUUGCACCAUUAAAGGACUCAUCGCAGCUCUUUGCUUCCAUCAAAUGUUUGAAGGCAUGGGACUUGGAGGUUGCAUUCUCCAGGCUGAGUAUACGAACUUGAAAAAGUUUGUUAUGGCGUUCUUUUUCGCGGUGACAACUCCAUUCGGAAUAGCGUUAGGAAUCGCUCUAUCAACAGUUUACAGAGAAAACAGUCCCAAUGCUUUGAUAACUGUUGGACUUCUCAAUGCAUGCUCGGCCGGAUUGCUCAUCUACAUGGCACUCGUUGACCUUCUAGCUGCAGAGUUCAUGGGGCCAAAGCUUCAAGGCAGCAUCAAAGUGCAGUUCAAAUGUUUCGCCGCGGCUCUUCUCGGGUGUGGUGGAAUGUCGAUUCUCGCCAAAUGGGCCUAACUAAUGCUGCGGCAUGUGGAUUUCUUUAUCGAACUGAAGAACCGUUUUUAGGUUUAAGUCUUGAUCCUCUAUCGGUUUUGUUUCCUUGUAAUUCACUUACGUGGUACUAUCUAUCACAUUUGUAAGAACAUGUCUUUUGGUAGAUAUGUAAAUGUAAUUCGUCCCACGAGUCUAUAGUCUUUUUCAAUGUCUUUUUCAAUGUUCUUUCUAUAUUCUUGGUGUUAGCUCUUGGCGUGUAAUGUUCU